AUGGCCAACUCCGGCCUUCAGCUCCUGGGCUACUUCCUGGCUAUGGGUGGCUGGGUGGGCAUCAUCGCCAGCACAGCCCUGCCGCAGUGGAAGCAGUCCUCCUACGCGGGCGACGCUAUCAUCACCGCUGUGGGCCUCUACGAAGGGCUCUGGAUGUCCUGCGCCUCCCAGAGCACAGGUCAGGUGCAGUGCAAGCUUUAUGACUCGCUGCUCGCACUGGAAGGUCACAUCCAGUCAGCACGAGCCCUAAUGGUGGUGGCUGUGCUCCUGGGCUUCGUGGGCAUGGUCCUCAGUGUCGUCGGCAUGAAGUGCACCCGGGUCGGAGACAGCAACCCCGUCGCCAAGGGCCGUGUCGCCAUCGCCGGGGGUGCCCUCUUCCUCCUGGCGGGCCUCUGCACGUUGACGGCCGUCUCAUGGUAUGCCACCCUGGUGACCCAAGAGUUCUUCAACCCCAGCACACCUGUCAACGCCAGGUAUGAGUUCGGCCCAGCCCUGUUUGUGGGCUGGGCGGCCGCCGGCCUGGCCCUGCUGGGUGGCUCUUUCCUCUGCUGCACGUGUCCGGAGCCUGAACGAGCCAACAACAGCCCACAGCCCUACCGGCCAGGCCCCUCCACGGCUGCCCGAGAACCAGUUGUUAGAUUGUCCGCCUCCACCAAGGGCCCCCUGGGUGUGUAA